AUGGCAGAUCACAAAGAAGGAGGAAUUGUGAACAAGGGUCAUGAGGAUGGAACUAAACUAGCAUCAUCCCUUCUCGAGGAAUUCGGUCUCCCAGCUGGACUCCUCCCAUUGGCCGAUGUAAUCGAGGUUGGAUUUGUUCGAGCCACCGGUUACAUGUGGAUUGUUCAAAAGAAGAAAGUGGAGCAUAAUUUCAAGUUGAUAAGCAAACUAGUGAGUUAUGAUAGUGAAAUCACGGGAUUCAUUAAUAAAAACCGUAUAAAAAAACUCAAAGGUGUGAAGGCUAGGGAACUUAUGCUCUGGCCACCGGUCAGUGAGAUAACCCUCGAUGAACCACCAACCGGAAAGAUUCACUUCAAGAGUCUCGCUGGUAUCACCAAAACCUUCCCCGUCGAGGCUUUUGCAGCUGAUCAGUGA